AGGAAUAGGAAAGACUACAAUUGCAAAAGUUGUUUAUAAUAAAGUUGCUGAUCAAUUUGAAGGAAGUAGCUUCCUAAUGAAUGUCAGAGAAAAUUCAAAAACAGAUUGUAGCAUAAUCAAACUACAAGAGCAACUUCUUUCUGAGAUCUUAGGGAGUAAAGAAUUUAAGGUGCAUAGUACAUCCAGAGGAAUCAAUGUGAUCAAAGAAAGACUUUCGUGUAAAAAGAUUCUUUUGAUUCUUGAUGAUGUGGAUAAAUUGGGCCAAAUAGAAAAUUUUCUCGGAGAAUGUGAUUGGCUUGCUAAUGGAAGUAGAGUUAUUAUAACAACAAGAGACAAACAUGUGCUAACCACUCUUGAAAAUGAUCCUUUAAUCUAUGAGGUUGUGCAAUUGGAUCGACAUGAAGCUUUUCAGCUCUUUAGUAAAGAAUGCCUUCAACAAAAAUGAACCUGAGGCAGAUUAUUUACAACUUACAGAUCAAUUCAUAUUUUAUGCCAAUGGCCUUCCAUUAGCUCUACAAAUUAUAGGUUCUGAUUUACGUGGAAGAAACAUUUGCCAAUGGGAAAGUGAAUUAGAAAAGUAUAAGAAUAUUCCCAACAAAGAAAUUCAAAAAAUACUAAAAGUAAGUUUUGAAGGAUUGGACAAAAAUGAACAGGAUAUUUUCCUCGAUAUUGCAUGUUUCUUCAAAGGAUUGUCCAAAAAUUAUGUUGUGGAUAUCUUAGCUGCUUGCAAUUUAUAUCCGGAUUCUGGUAUUUCAAAACUUAUUGAUAAGUGUCUCAUAAGGGUUGAAUUUGACAAGUUAUGGAUGCAUGACUUGCUACAACAAAUGGGUAGAGAAAUUGUUCGACAAGAAUCAAAUGUGCCUGGAGAACGUACAAGGCUAUGGUGUUAUGAUGAUGCUUUAGAAGUUCUUACAGAAAAUACGGGUUCAGAUAAAAUUCGAGGCAUAAUGUUGUGCUUCCAUAAACCAAUAACGGUGACAUUGGCACCUAAAGCUUUCGAAAGGAUGAGAAAUCUCAAAUUUCUUAUAGUUGAUAAUGUGCACAUUUGUGAAGAACUUGAAUAUCUCCCCAACGGAUUAAGGUUGCUUCAUUUGCCUAAUUUUCAUUUUCCCUUACCAUCCAAUUUUUGUCCUCAAAAACUUGUUACACUCGAGAUGCCACGUAGUCGCAUUCGGUUAGAGAAGUUAUUUAAGCAGGAGUUUCACUUCCAGAAUUUGACAUGUAUCAACCUCAGCAAAUUUGUGAAAAACUUCAAAAUUUUCCAAGCCAUCUCACGUGGAAAUCUCUCAACACUUUGA